UUACUGGUCAGCUGCACGAGCAAGACAGCAGCGCUGCCAGACCCGUGAACUGCGUAAAGGAGCCGGUCUUUGGCUCUACACAAAUGGAGAACUAAGAAUAAUUGGGUACCGGGAGAUGUUCGAUGUCAGAAUAUAUUUUGUGAAAUCUAGAAUGCGCUUAAAACGCAUUGGAAACUGAACAUUGUGUAGCCUACGAACACGGACAGUCUCUUCAUGAGCUCCAGCUUCAUUCCAUUUAUUUGGAUUCUCUUUCGCAGUUCCACGUAUUGAGAUGGUCUAUUUUUGUGAUGGCGAGAGGUCUGUUUCCACGGGCCUGGAUAAAGAAAUCAUUCUUUUUCCAGGCUCGCAUCUCCUUUGUGCGGGUGAAAUACCUGUUCCUCACCUGGCUGACGGUGUUUGUUGGGGGCUGGGUGAUCUAUGUCCAGUAUUCUAACUACACCGAGCUGUGCAGAGGACACGAGUGCAAGAACGCCAUAUGUGACAAAUACAGGAGAGGCAUCAUUGACGGCUCGGCCUGCAGCAGCCUUUGUGACAAAGACACCCUCUACCUGGGCAGGUGCCUCUCCACCAGCCCCAACAACCAGGUGUACACAGGUGGCUGGGGUGACGUGGACGGGGUGAUCCGCUGCCAGGUGGGGGAGGUGCUGCACUAUGAGCUCGGAGAGGAGCCGGAGCCCCGGAGAGAGGCCGCAGUCUUCGACAAACCCACCCGCGGAACGUCUGUGGAGAAGUUCCGAGAGAUGGUCUUCAAUCACCUCAAGUCAAAACUGGGCGAGCAAGCUAAUCUGGCCAGCCUGGUGACCCAAAUACUCAGCGUCGCCGACGGCAACAAGGACGGCCACGUCUCGCUCCCAGAGGCCCGUUCGGCCUGGGCUCUUCUCCAGUUGGACGAGGUGCUGCUGGGCCUGCUCCUCCAGGAACGGGGCCACACCCCUCGUCUGAUGGGCUUCUGUGGAGACCUGUACGUGACCGAGAGGGUACCCUAUGGCCCCCUUUACGGUGUCAGCCUCCCCUGGCCCCUGGAGGCCUGGGUCCCCAGUGGGGCCCGACGCAGCAUGGACCAGUGGUUCACCCCCUCGUGGCCCCGCAAAGCCAAGAUCUCCAUGGGUCUCCUGGAGCUGGUGGAGGACAUCUUCCACGGCAACUACGGCAGCUUCCUCAUGUGCGACCUGAGCGCCGGCCACUUCGGCUACACGGACCGCCACGACCUCCGCCUCACUGACCCGCGGGCCAUCGUCUCUGAGGACGCGUUCAGGCGAACCAUGCGCGCGCUGCACUGCGAGAAGGACGACGACUGCUUGUUUGGGGCGGACUGCCGGACGUCGUGCGACGUGGCUCAGAAACGAUGCAGGGAGGAGGUGACCCAGCCCAACCUGGCCAAGGCGUGCAGGGCUCUGAGGGACUACCUCCUGAGGGGAACACCGUCGGAGCUGAGGGAGGAGCUAGAGAGGCAGCUGUAUGCCUGCAUGGCCCUCAGGGGUUCAGCGGGCCAGAUGGACAUGGAACACUCGCUCAUCCUGAACAACCUCAAAGCUCUGCUGUGGAGACAGAUCUCUCAUACUAAAGACUCAUGAUGUAAUUGACAAGUCUGCUACUGGCACAUUGGCUUGGUUAGAGGAGCCUUUGAGGAAAGUAUUUCUAAAAACUCAACCACUUUUGGUGGAUUGUUCAUUCAAGACUAUAUUGUGUUAUCUACCACCCGUUUUUAUGUUGCAUAGCAGUUGUUUUGGCGGUGUAACUGCAUUAGAGCUGUCAAACCCACAAGCGGCUCCUGGCAUACCUAUUUGAAAGGAAAUUGAUGUGGAACUACCUUUUUAGAAAGCUUUUUUCACAACUUUGUUUUGUAGUAAAACAGAGGAAGAAAAAGUGUUUCCAGUGACAUCGGUGAGCGUCGUGUAAUUUUAACCAUUAUAGACAUUGCCUACUAAUUGGUUGUCAUUGGAAAUCUUCCUUUUUUUAAAUGACUAAGCAACAAAUGUGCCAUUUUCACAUUUUGAUGUUGGCGUGGUGCUGGAGAUAAAUUUUUUCCUUUUAAUGAAAACACUAAUUUCAGAUUUAGUCUACACCUCGAUUAGACGGAUGAAUGAUUUUGAAUUUGAGCAUCAUUUCUAUAUAGCCUACACUUUCUCGCUCUGAACUUCUAACGCGAGUGGCUUCAUGACAAUCGAAAGCAGCCGCUCACCGAUUUGACAGCUCCACCUCAAGACACCGUCAAAACAUUAGCUAUGCGGCUAUCGCUGGUUAAAGCUUGAUCCGAUUAAAUCUAGACAUGGGUCGUUGGACGAAUGGACUACCACAAUUCAUAUUCAGGAUGCUGGGAAACUGUAGAGAUAUUUGCUGUUUAUGAAGGAGCUCAUGGAACAUUUUGAAGCGAUAGUAUGAACUACACUUGCACAUUACAUGAAGACAAUGUGACCAAAAUAUCUGAGGAAAGCGUAUACAAGUCUACGGCUUUGUCCCAAUCUUUCCUGCCAUGUUUUGAAAUGACCAGUAUUACCAGUUUGUCCAUACCUUGACUGAUCCUUUGCUUUUAGAUUCAUGGGAAGUAGUGGAACGAGUGUAUACUUCAGGAGGUCAGAUACUGGGACACACCCCAUGGAGUCAUCCACUUUGCUGGACGUUUCACCACCCUUCCUCACUUGAUGAUUUGCAUUGGCAUAUAGCAGUGCUGCAUCAAAACUGGACUAAUAAGUCUCUUCUACACCCUCUGAUAAAUGCCAGUUUGCAUACCGUGUACAUUUGUCAUUUCCACUAUGUAGCAUCCUAGUGCCAUAUUCUGUACAAGCUAGAUAGAGAUCAUGCUGAAAACACCAGACUUGUUAUCUUCCACUUGAGGUAGAGUACAUGAACUACAUUUGACUUGCCGUUUCUACAUCCUUAAGCUCAAACUGUACAUCUUUUAAAAUGGAAACCCAGUCCGAUGUGGAUUCUGAAGGAGUUAAAUGCAGCUGUGACCUUCAGUUGAGGGAUGAAUUGCAAUGUAGAUGUAUGUUUACCUUGAAGUUUGAACCAGCAUGAUUUUGCACAAUAAAAACCACAUACCACUCA